AUGGUUCACAAAGUUCUCUUCUGGACUGGCUUUGGCCUCGCUGUCCGCGCCUGGCAACUCGGUCUCGAAAUGCGACCUUUCUUCAACAGACAAUCUCUCUGGGUCUACCCCGUUUUCGGCGGCGUCGGUGCUUCGUUCGGAUAUUGGAUGCAGGGGGUUGAGAGCCGACAACAGGCUAUCCUCGGAGCUAGACGAACAGCUAUUUUGGAGAAGAGGGCGAGGAGGAAGGAGAGGGAGGAAGCUGUUGAGGAGUCAUAA